AUGGCGUUUCCGUGCCUAGAUGCCGUUGAGACCCGAUCGGCCAACAUAUCGGCAGGCUUCAAACCCACGUCGUCGCCAGGUAGUGAGAGCAGCGGUCCUGAACCAUCCUACACGGCCGGCGCAACGCUCAACUACAACUGCAAGGAGCCCCUGCUCCUCGAUUGGGGUGGCAUCUUGCCCGAGUUUGACAUCGCCUACGAGACGUGGGGCACGCUCAACGCCGACAAGUCCAACGCCAUCCUUCUCCACACGGGCCUGUCCGCCUCGUCGCAUGCCCACUCUACUGAGGCUAACCCCAAGCCGGGGUGGUGGGAGAAGUUCAUCGGGCCCAGCCUGCCCGUCGACACGGACAAGUACUUCGUCAUCUGUACCAACGUCAUAGGCAGUUGCUAUGGAUCCACUGGCCCGGGGUCCAUCGACCCGGCCAACGGCGAGCGCUACGCCACCCGGUUCCCCAUCCUGACGAUGGACGACAUGGUGCGCGCACAGUUCCGCCUCCUCGAUGAUAUAGGAAUCAACCGCCUGUACGCCAGCGUGGGCUCCAGCAUGGGUGGCAUGCAGUCCCUCGCUGCAGGCGUCCUAUUCCCCGACCGCGUCGGCCGUAUCGCCUCCAUUAGCGGCUGCGCCCGCAGCCACCCCUACAGCAUCGCCAUGCGCCACACCCAACGCCAGGUCCUUAUGAUGGACCCCAACUGGAACAGGGGCUUCUAUUAUGGCCGCGUCCCGCCCCACGCAGGCAUGAAGCUCGCCCGCGAGAUUGCAACCGUCACCUAUCGCUCCGGCCCCGAGUGGGAGCUACGCUUCGGCCGUCGUCGCGCCGACCCCGCCAAACCGCCCGCCCUGUGCCCCGACUUUUUGAUAGAAACAUACCUCGAUCACGCCGGCGAGAAGUGGUGUCUCACCUACGACCCCAACAGCCUCCUCUACGUCAGCAAGGCAAUGGACCUGUUCGACCUAGGAAUUGAGAACCAGCGCGCUACCGCCGACCGUCGUGCCAAGCGCGAGCUCGAGCUCCUCUCAGAAUCGGAGUUCUCGUCUAUCUCCGCCACAUCCUGCUCGUCGUCGGACCUCCACAGCCUCACCUUGCCUUCCAAGCCUUACGAGGAACAGCCCGGAACAUCUACCGCCCUGUCAGAAGACUCCACUCCCAAGGGUAUCUCUCGCCCGCCAGAGGACCUCGUCUCCGGUCUCGCCCCCCUCCGUGACAUCCCGACCCUCGUUAUGGGCGUUGCGAGCGACAUACUUUUCCCUGCGUGGCAGCAGCGCGAGAUUGCAGAGGCUCUCCGUCUGGCGGGAAACCGUAAUGUCACACACAUGGAGCUGAGUGAGGAGAUGAGCAUGUUUGGCCAUGAUACAUUCUUGCUUGACCUCAAGCAUGUUGGUGGUAACCUCCGUGGAUUCCUAGGUUAA